GAUAUGCUUAUAAAAAUUAGAAAUAUUUUAUAUUUAUUUUUCAACAUUAUGUCCAUUAAGGUCAACACUUUUUUACCAUCGAUGUUCAAGCAUUAAAUUACCUUUUUUUUUCACGAAUAUCAUAUCGUUUGAAUGGGUGCGUUAUCCUGAUGCAAAAGAACACCGUUGCGGAAAUUUUCCUGAUGUUUUUCUUUUAUCAACUGACGUGGUUUUUAAUAAGUACAUAUAAUUGUGGUCCCUUUCUGCAGGAAAUCUACCAAUAGCUCACCUUCAAAAUCCCAAAACACGGAUUACAUUAACUACCCAAUUAAGAUUGCAUUGUGAAUUUUUUCGGUGGUGGUGGGUCCCGAUGAGCCCAUUCCUUGUUCUGUAUUUUGGUACACAGCGAACAUAGUGUUUCAAAGUCAAGGAAUAAGAUAAAUAAUCGCGGGCUGAUAUCGAAUAAUAUACAUCCAAUGAACAAAAAUCGAUAAUAAUCGCUCAUGUUGGUAGUGAAAAAGGGUUUAUUUCAAACUGUUUAUUAAUUUUUAAGUCAGGCUAUAAAAAUGAUGUAAUGAACAGUUCUAAUUAUAAAAAAAUGUCUUAGGGAAAAAUAAAUACCUAAUUUACCACCUAAUUCAGUUAUUGUUGCCGACAAUGCUCUGGUUCUAUACUGUAAUAUUCAAGUUGAUCCUGUUCCAAAUUCAAAUUCAAGAAAAACAACCCCAAUUAUACAAACUCAUAAAACAAAACAAGGAAAAAGAUAUUCGCUACAAAUUUAAUCAAAUAUUGGAAGGACACGACCUUCCCCUUCAUCUUACCAUCGCGAUUUAAAUCCGAUCGAGAUGAUUUGGGCAAAAGUCAAAGGGAAAGUGGCAAAAGAAUUUGUAAAGUACAAUUCGAAAAAGACAUUAAGGUAAUAGAGAAAAGAUCAGGAAUGGACUCGCGGUUAAGCUCAAAAUAAAAAUAAAAUUAAAUGUUUUUUUUUACGUUAAAUGAUAUGUGUAGCUACUGUUUGUAAAUAAAAAGCGUGUUAUACGCUAUACUAUACUAUUUAUAAAAUUGUAUCGUAUUUCCGGUGAAUUAAAAAAACUAAAAAAACGUUCAGGUGCAUAUAAAAUUCGCUCUUUGUGAACCUAAUGUUUACAACUAUUUUACGCAAAUAAAUUAACAUAACUAUUAUAACUCAAAUAAUAGGAAACGGUUACUGUAUAUAUAUAUAAGUAAAAAGGUAUACCUAAAUAUAAAGAAAACGGUCAGAAAAAAAAUGAUGCUCUUUUUCUUCUAUUUGAUAUCGUUGAUGCUUUUGCUUAUUAAUGCAGUAUUUACAAGCCUUGCAAAAGACAAAGAAAAUUUCGUGUGCGUUAAUGGCGAUAUUAUUGAACUAGAAAAUGUUUGCGAUGGUAUAAAACAUUGCGUCGAUGGUUCAGAUGAGACAAUGAAAUUGUGUUUUCAUAUAAUUUGUCCACCUAGCAUGACAAGAUGCUUUUAUGGCGCUUGUAUUGGUAAAGAAAAACUUUGCGAUGGUAAAUCUGAUUGCGUAGAUGAUUCAGAUGAAAAUAACUGUUCUGGUAAAUUACAUAUUUGCGGAAUGAACGAAUUCAAAUGCACCUCUGGAGAAUGCAUUUCUUCGGAAAACAUAUGCGAUGGGGUUUCGCAUUGCUUGGACAAGUCUGAUGAAAAUGAGGUGUUAUGUGAAGACGAUUUAUGUCCCGAUGACGCAUUUCAUUGCAAUCAUGGCGGCUGUGUUCACAUGGACGCUCUUUGUAACGGUUUCAAAGAUUGCGUAGAUGGCUCUGACGAAACAGAAAUUGUCUGUAAAAUGAAAAACUGCGGGAAAAAUUGCGAUAAAGUUAAAGAAAACAUAUCAUGCCCUCCUGUGUUUUCUGAACGUUUAAAUAUUAUUUGCGAAAGUAAAGAAGGACCAAAACAAGGGUUGGUUCCAUGUAAUAAGCCAGCAUCUGUAGGAACUAUCGCGAAGUACGGAUGCAAGCCCUUUUACGUACCAGCUGGCAGUAGUCAGGAAAAUAAUAAGCAAAUGGUUUGUCAAAUGGAUGGUAAAUGGAGUAGAGAAGCUCUGAAAUGUGAACCAGAAUGCGGCACUAGGAAACCAGAAGCAACGGCGCUUAUAAUAAAUGGUAGUGUAUCAAAAAUAGGUAGGUGGCCAUGGCACGCCACUCUGUAUAUCCUAGAAGGGGGAGACUGGACUUAUUCGUGCGGGGGAAGUUUAAUACACGAACGUGCUGUUUUAACUGCUGGCCACUGCGCCUGGCAGAUGGAGCCACACACUAUUAAAGUUGCGUUGGGGAAGUAUUUCAGCGAUUAUAAGAUGAAACAGGACUUUACGGUAUUUGCAGAGAUUGAUAAAAUUAUCACGCAGCCCCUGUAUCAGGAUUUGAAUGGAAAUUUUGGAUCUGAUAUAGCGAUUCUGAUACUGAAAGUUGCAAUUCAAUAUUCCGAUUUCAUUAAACCAAUUUGUUUGGAUUGGAAUUUGUAUGACAUUACUGAACAUCUGACGGAAAACAGUAUAGGAACUGUGGUUGGAAUGGGGAUAACAGAAGACGAUAAGUUCAGUUUACAAUUACGAGAAGUGAAAAUACCUGUAGUUAGUGCGAAAAAAUGUAUUAACGUUCAAAGCCGUGAUUUUAAAAAGUUUAUUACUUAUACAUCGUUCUGUGCUGGCUGGAAUAAUGGUUAGUACAACAAAAAAAGUUAAAAACUUUAAACUGUAUGUUAUAAGAUACCACAAAUGGCGCGGUAAACGCCAUCUGUAGUACGAUGCUACAUUUUAGGAUUACGU